AUGUUUCCCGAGCGAUGUUUGAAAGCUCAGUGUUCGGUCGUAUUUCAUCCAGAAUGUCCGUCAGACUCUCGACUCGUCAUACUUCCGCCACCACCUGGCGAAUGCUGUGGGCGACCAGGCACUUGCCAUUGUGAUCAGCAGAAGUGUGAAGCAUUUGUCCCCGUUUGUGAACAAGGCAUGGAACGAGUACUAGUAAAAGAAGGUGGUCAUCAGCCUGGCUCAUGUUGUGAUGUGUUUGAAUGCCGGAAACGAGAGCUUCGUUGUGAAUCGGUACAAUGUCCUUCGCAUGUCUUCGACGAGGACGAAGGCGUUGAUUGUCCGGCAGACAGUGUUCGACCGGCGGAACACGUUCCAAAUGGCUUAUGUUGUCCGGUACGACCAGGUUGA